GCUCGCAUGCGGGGUGAAAUGUUGGAUGCCAUCCUCGCUGGCCCGACGCAGGCUCUCAUGAGGGCAGGCAAGGCCCGCAUGAGGGCUGGAAUGUACGGAUGGUAUCCAGCGCAGGUUCUCAUGAGGGCGGACUUGAAGGGCGACUUCAUGACCCAGCGCCGCCCCCUGUGCGGCGGCGGGUACGUGUUGCUGCGUAACUACCACGAGUGGAUCUACCCCAUUGUCAGGGUAUUCCACCUCAUCUUCUAUACUAUUCUCAACGUCAUGACUGGUUUCUUGAGAAAGCUCACUUUCUCAGCCGUUACUUUCGCGGCUGGCGUGUCGAAUCACCCCGCUGACCGCGGCGCUCAGCGCGGCGCCCACGUUCUCGACCGGGGCUUCUUGAACAGCCGCCAUGGCCUCAGUCUGCGCAGAGCGGCAGAGGCGCGCGCCGAGAUCAACUUCCACCCGGGCGAGGUGAAGGUUGUCGAGGUCGGGGUCAGGGCGGCUCCGCUCGAGGGGGCCGCGGGGUGCGCGACCACGUCGACGCUGCGCGGGGCCGCCGCGAACGUGCAGGCGCUUCUACCGCGCCGGGUCACCCGGAGCUGCGCGCGGAACUCGCCCACGCUGCUGUUUUCGAAGGUGACAGUCCUCGAGAUGCGCUUCCAUGGCUCCAUCGCUAUCCAUCGGCAUUCUGGUUACGCGCGCUCGACGCGUCGGCAACGUCCGCUCGUCAGCCUCGCGGCGGGCGACAGCGAGGUCGGCAAUGCGGAGCCCGCGCCCGAGAAGCUUGGUGGUACCUUCAGCGUGGACAGGCGGGCCUUGGCCGAUCCAGAGAACGCGCCCAUGCGGCGGCAGAUCGCGGCCGCUGCAGGCGAGGCGCGCCAGGCGUUCCAGAGGGCAGUCUUUUGCGUGCGUCGUGGCCUCGUGGCGCGCUCGCCUCCAGCUGGUGGCGUCGCGCGCUCUGCCCUGACAUCGCCGCGGCGCUGGAUCGGGCAGGCCAUCGACUUUGGACGCCGAUCCGCGGAGUUCUCAUGGUGGGCAGCCCGGUGGCGCGCAGCCAUCUUCGCAGUUCAACUGGAUGCACGGUCGCUGCUGGCGCGCGAUCGCGCCGAGUUCUUGGGCUCGAUGGCCUUGAAGGCGGCCGCUGCCAUGCAGCGCGACGACCUGAAGCUGGGCCCCGGCGCGGCGCGCAGCCUGGGCGCCGCUAAGACGAUCCAGAACACUUCUGCGUAUGAGCUCGACGGCUCGCUCGCGACUUCGCCCGUGGGCGAGCUCGUCUCGCGGGAUCAGCUGCGCUGCAAGGGCGACCCAUCUGUGCGCGACGACAGCCGCGGCCUGCUUUUGGCCGACCGCGCUGCGAAGGGCCUCGCGUCGAUAGCGAAAGAAGACAUGGGCGACCUCUACAUCCGCCACGUGCCGUUGCACCAGUGCGGCGCGGUCGCUGGGGGAGCCGCCGACUUCGCGACCCAUAUCGUCCGCGGUCUUCUCGCCAUCGCGGAGGGUUUGGGCUGCGGCGUCUUCGCGCUCACCGUGGAUCUUGUCAAGGCAUUCGACAAGAUCGUCCGGGAGCUCGUCGUGGGAUGGGGCUCGCGCCCCAUUGGCGAGCGAGCGCCUUGUCUCGUCGCUCUGGGCUUCGGCCCCUCUGCCGCAGAGUGGGUCGUAGACUUCGUCGAGAUGAACGGUGCGCGGCAGCGCGCAGGCCAUCCGCUCGAAGACCAGUGGGCGACAGGGAUGCAAGGGCGGAGAGCUUGGGUCCCUGAAAUUAGACAUUUUCUGAUGGUGGUGGACGCGCGCUGCCGCCUCGGCGCGACGCCCUCCGCGACGGGCGAGUCUUUCGCCGACGCGCGCUGGCGCGCGCAGAUGACCGUGACCGCGUGCGCCCCGAUCGGGUUCAAGGUUUUCGGCAGCAGCCUGAUCCCGGAUCGGCGCAAGCUGAGCUUCCUGAAGUCCCUGGUGCUGUCUCGAGCGACUGUCGCUUCCGACCUGCCGUGCAAUGGUCUGGCCGCGAAGUCCGCGAGCGACCUGAACGUGCCCUCCAUCGACUGCCUGCUCAUGGUCAUGGUGGGCUUCCCGCCGGAGAUCCGGCUGCUGGCACGCUGCUCGGACCCCCUGCGCCCGCGCUGCUGGGCCCGGGCGCCGGCGCGCGUUGCCCCCUUGACGGCUGGCCGGCAGACGAAGGUGGAUGCGAGCUCCGAGUCGACAGGCGCGCCGGACAGCGCGCCGGACCUGACAUAUGCUGCCGACCUCUGCGGGCCAGAACACGGUCGGCUCCAGCAGACUGGAAGUAGGUGUUACUUCAUCUGA